AUGGCGCCGCCGCCAACCUCGCGCCCAGCACCACCGCCGGAGCCGCCGUUCCUUCGAACCCCACACGACCUCCUCGAGGAAAUCUUCCUCCGCCUCCCCACUGCCGCGGACCUAGCCCGCGCUUCCACCGCAUGCGCCACCUUUUGCUGCGUCAUCGCCGGCCACGCAUUCCUCCAUCGCUACCGCACCGUCCACCCGCCUCCUCUCAUCGGCUUUCUCCACGACCCGUUCAGUCCGGUGCAGCCGCCGCACCCCUCCGCCAUCGCCGCCCGCGCCUUCGCCGACUUCGACUUCUCUUGCUCCUCCUUCCUCCCCUCCACCGCCGGCCGUACCUGGAGUAGAAUCAACCUUUUUGACGGACGCGCCCUCCUUGCCGGCGCCCCGGUCGAAGAAGAAAGCGGCAGCAACAUCCUGGUGGGCUCCGAUGUGUGCGACUACAUGUACCGCAAAUUUCUGGUGAGAGACCUUGCCGUGUGCGACCCGGUGCAUCGCCGCUACGUCCUGCUGCCCGCCGUCCCCGACGACCUGAAGGCGCUGGUCCGCAGACCGGACCUUUUUUGUCUGGAGACUUUCCUUGCUCCCGGCGACGAUGAGGAGGACCCUCUAUCAUUCAGAGUGAUGUGCUUGGCGCAAUGCAGAAUGCAUCUGCUGCUUAUUGUCUUCUCCUCUUUGGAUGGACAAUGGCGUGUUCUUACAUACGACCAAUGGAGUGCUCGGGCUACACUUGCUUCCUUUGGAAACUCUGAGACCGGGCUGUCGGAUCGUCAGUUCGUCCACGGAUGUUUCUGCUGGCAAUUGCAUUUCCUGGACAAGUUGCUUCUGCUGGACACGCACACCAUGGAGUUCUCUGAUGUCGACCUCCCGCCUGACCAUCGAGGGAUGGGUCGAUCUGUCAUUGUCGAGGCGUCGGAGGGAAACCUUGGGAUGCUCACUAAAUGGUAUGAUCAGGACACUGAAAAUGACCCACUCUGGCUCACGUAUUCUGUUCUUAGAAAUAAUCAAUGGCACUGGGAGAAGGACAUCCCAAUGCCGGUAAAGCGUGCAAUUCUGGUUGGUGUAGCCGAGGGAUACUUGCUUUUAGACGUGUUGUACACCACGCCUUCACAAGAGGAUCUGAAGUUUGGAUACUUCUCGGUGGACUCGAAGACAUUGCAGGUCGAGUUGUUCGCUGGGCUUACCAAAGCGAUCUCAGCAGGUCAUCUAUAUGCUGGUUUCCCACCAUCCCUGUCUCCACCAACUAUCUGA